GUCGACCACCAUGUCUGCCGACAUCUACGACUUUCUCUCAUCGCCGCAGGUGGACAGCAUUCUAUUGACCCAUCCAAACCGACUGUUUUCCUCAACUGAGUUCUGCGUCCCAUCUGAGUGGUCGUCCUGGUGGAAUUGGGCUGGACUCGAGGAGGACGAAUUAUCAGGCCCCAAAUGGCUUCUCCUUCUACGGUACUAUGCGCGAAGUCAAGACGGAAAUCAAGCACAGGACUGGAUUUCAAUCCCGGAAGAACUGAAGUCAAUCAUCGACAGGGCGCGACGAAUGCAGGUAUCUCGUGAAAUGGAUGGGCCGGUAGUACUGUCGGUUUCUCCCUCUACCUCUGUCCUUGCACUCGUAGGCCAUGAUCAGGACUCGGAAGCACCGUCGAAAACCCCUGUACGCUCGGAGGAUCGAAUAUUCGGCAUGUCCCCCAAGAAGGCACAUGAGAUCAUCCGCAUGUCAAGUUUCCUCUCCAAGUUCCUUUCAUCGUCGCCGCAACUAGCCUCCGUGAAGCACGCAGUCGACGUCGGUGCAGGGCAGGCAUACCUUUCGCGCGCGAUGAGGGAUAAACUGGGUCUGCACGUCCUCGCCCUAGACUGGAGCGAUGUUCAAAGCAAAGGCGCAGUUCGCAGAGAAACGAUCGGGCCAAAGAAAUGGAAGAGACGAUCUAGUCGAUCAGCAAAUGAUCCAGUCUCAGAUGCAAACAUGACGGGGGAAAGCCAGAAUGGACCGCCGGCAUGCGAACAUGCGAAGACAGGCACUCUCACGUAUAAAACGCUCGAGAUCCGUUCUGACUCUUUACUGUGCGCGGUCAACGAGUGGGCCGAAGAAGUACUGGCAACACAAGGAUCGGAUGCCUCAUCCCCACCAGUGCCAAUGUUGUUCGUAGCCUUGCACGCAUGCGGCUCGCUCACACCUAACGUACUGCGUGCUUUCACUUCCCGUCUGCGAUCUACCGAGCCUCGAACAAUAUGGGUCCCGCGGGCAGCGGUCAUCGUCGGGUGUUGCUACAACCUACUGGAAGCGGGCGACUUUCCUCUCUCAUGUACAUUGAAGCUGCGGUCCCACGAACCGCCAGCUAUGACUUUCACGCCUAACCAUCUCCACCUCGCUGCGCAGAUGCCCGGCCAGUGGCUCCGCACGCAAGACACCCUUUCCGCUGCGAAGCUCGCCGUCCGGAAGGUCGUAUGGCGCGCGGUCCUCCAAAGCAUACUCGAGAAGCACGACGCGUCGUCCGUACAGACCUCAUCUACCAAUUGCGAUGCCGACCUGGACGAAACAGCCAUCAUUAAUGGCGAGACACCCGCUCUGCGGCGCUUGGGAAGGCUGAACGAUUCAGCGUACGCAGACUGGGAGACGUUCGUGGGCCGUGCGCAGCAUCGUCUUGGCAUCAUGCUCGAUCCGGCUUUGUGUGCGAAGGAUCCCUCGACGGAGAGCCGGUUGGAGGUGUUCCAGGUCUUGCGGUGCAUUCUGGGGCCCGUCGUCGAGAGCCUGAUACUGCUUGACAGAGAGGAAUGGCUACGGGAUGAACUGGAGGGCACAAGCAUGAAUGUGCAGUUGGUGAACCUAUUUGAUCAAGCUUCGGGAAGCGCGCGCAAUGUUGCGAUCGUCAUAACGCCUAGAGCGACGACUCAUGGAGGAUGA